AGUGUUUCUAUCUCAGUUCCACCUCUCUCCCUCUCCCUCUCUCUCUAUCUUUCUCUCUCUCUCUCUCUCUCUCUCACAAACACACACAGUCACACACACCUGUAUCUCAGACAAUGGCCUACUUCAUCAAGGAGAAGUAUAAAAUCUGCUUUAUCUUCUUGCUCUUCGUAGUCUUCCUUGGGCUGGCUACUAUGCAUGUGGCCAACAUCUCGAUCCAGCCUUCUAAAAUGUGGCUCACAGGUGUUGCUCAACAUUUUCACUCUUACUUGCCAACUCACAUCCAAGGAGUAAGCAAUCACUCGCUGAUAAAGAAGCUUCUCUCUCUACAAAACAAACCAACAGAUGGGGAACAGUUAAUUAUUUCCACACUUGCACCCAUGACCACUACGAGCAGACUUAAUGCCACAGAGACAACCAAUCAGUAUUUAACAACGGGAAACAUUUUAAUGAUGCAUUACCAUGAAGCAUAUCCACGCAACUACCAGUUCAUCAUGAAUGAGCCGGAUAUAUGUAAGCAACAAGAGCCAUUUUUGGUCCUCAUGGUACCGGUGGCUCCUCAACAACUGGAGGCUCGCAAUGCCAUCCGAAGUACGUGGGGCAAUGAAAGUGUUGUUCAAGGAAAAAACAUUACUGUUUUGUUCGUAGUGGGAUUAACUGGAAGGGAGGAUGAGGCGAAACAGCAAGAGCAGUUAAUUCUGGAAAGCCAGCAGUACCACGACCUGAUCCAGAGUAACUUCAUAGACACAUACAGAAACCUCACCAUAAAGACCAUGGUGAUCAUGGACUGGCUGGCCAAACACUGUCCUCAAGCAUCCUAUGCCAUGAAGAUAGACUCUGACAUGUUCUUAAAUGUAGAGAAUCUCAUAAGCUUGCUAAUAGCACAGGACACACCCAAAGUAAACUACAUGACGGGGAUGGUUAUGUGGGACCGGCCCGUCAUUCGGGACCAAUAUUCCAAAUGGUAUGUACCGAAGGAAUCAUUCCCAGAGGACACCUAUCCUACAUACCUGCUGGGGAUGGGUUAUGUUUUUUCCAAUGAUCUUCCAGAAAAACUAGUCAAUGCCUCGAAAGAUGUACCAGCAUUUAAUAUCGAGGAUGCAUAUAUUGGUGCAUGUUUGAAAAGACUGGGCCUCUCACCUUCAACCGCUCCUGACCCGUCUAAAUUCAAGGCUUAUUAUAGUGGUGCGUACAAUCACAACGAGUUCUCCAGGGUCAUCACGACAAUCCUUAGUUCACCAAACCAGCUGGUAACAUUCUGGCAGCAACUAAAGAUGUCCACAUGAUCAAGAUCAAGAUGCCUUUUUUAAUAUUACUUUUUACAUUUUGCACUAAGGCAACACUGCUUAUAAAGACUUUCUCAGGACUAUUAAAUGUUUACAUAAAAUUCAUGUCUGUACAGGUUUCCUCCAUGUCCUCUAGGCUACUCUAAAUUGUCCAUAGAUGUAAAUGAACAGUUGUAUGAUGUGGAUGCGGUGGACUCCUCUUCCUAUUCAAUGUAUUCCUGUCUCCCUGCCAGUGUUGUUAGGCUCAACAUUUACCAAUCGUUAUGCCCUUAUCUCAUCCUCUAUACUGCUUGACCUGUGACAAGGUCGUGGGGGCCUGGAGUCUAUCUCAGGAGAUUUUGGGCUCAA